CAUCAGUGAUCUUGCAUGAACAGACAGGUAGUAAGUUUGUGUCUCGUCGUGAUUAAUGCCUAGAAGUUCAAACAAAUUCAACAUUUGGAUAUGUUUUUGAAGAUCUCACGGCUGGCAUGUUGAAAAAAGACAGGUGGAUUUGCACUCUUUUAAAAACUACAGGUGCUUGCUUGUACUUCAUUCCAUCAGAGUUGCGCGGCAGCAUUCGUCUUUUUGGGUCUUGCAGGCGACUUACACCGCACCAUAACUGAAGAUCGUCACAUCAUAUUCACUUCAUCUUUUUAUUUUUGAUUCAAUGUGCAGACUGUUCUACUAAUAACUGGCAGAGGAACUUGUGGUGAAGUAAGUGUUUGACAGGCAGUGGUUUUGCCUGGGUGGGGGAGCAAUUUUGCGGUCGUCUGUCCAGUUACAGACGAGCCCGAUUCCUGAGAGGUGAUGGUGGGUGGCGGAGCGGUCACUGUGCGCCCGCACAGGCGCCUGGAUUAAAAGUGUCACAGUGCAAACAUGGAUUUCUUCAAGAGCCUCGUUCCCACGGUCAUCUCGGGGGACGGAGGGCUGCCGGCGUCGGAUGCGGGAGGAGUAUGGUUGCGGGACACAGGCCCUCGCUUGCUGAGGAUGAAACGUUUGGGGGUGCAGACCGUUGCACAGGUCAAUGAAGAGGAGACAGAUGGAUCCACUCCGACCGGGCGUCCAGUUGUUCGGUUUCAACGGUAUCGUGGCAAAGCCUCUGUCCCUGUAAACAACAGCAGUGCGAGUAGGCGAGGAACCUCCCCCUCUGCCCCACCCACCUGGGAGAAGCGUAGCAUCCACCUCGCCAACAUGUCCAGCAUCACCAUCGACCCCGAGCUCAAGCCCGGGGAGUUUGUCAUCAAGAGUCUCUUCGCCGAGUUUGCUGUGCUUGCGGAGAAGAAGAUCGAGGUGGUCAUGGCCGAACCGCUGGAGAAGCCCCUGUCCCGCUCACUGCAAAGAGGAGAAGAUGCACAAUUUGAUCAGUUAAUAAGCUCUAUGAGCUCCAUAGCAGAACACUGUUUGCCUUCGUUGUUGCGGACGUUGUUUGACUGGUACAGAAGACAGAGCGGAACAGAAGACGAGUCGUACGAGUACAGACCUCGUUCAAGCACCAAGUCCAAAGGAGAUGAACAACAUCGGGACAAAGACUAUCUACUGGAGCGAAGGGACUUAGCCAUAGACUUCAUGUUUUGUUUAGUUUCAGUAGAAGUUUUAAAACAGAUUCCCCUUCAUCCCGUGCCAGACGCCUUAGUACAAGAAGUCCUCAACCUGGCAUUUAAGCACUUUAAACACAAAGAGGGGUACUCGGGCCCCAACACUGGUAAUGUGCACAUCAUUGCUGAUCUGUACGCUGAGGUCACUGGAGUCCUUGCCCAGUCAAAGUUCCAGGCGGUGCGCAAGAAGUUCAUCACAGAGCUGAAGGAACUGAGGCUGAAGGAGCAAAGUCCUCACGUGGUGCAGAGCAUCAUCAGCCUCAUCAUGGGCAUGAAGUUCUUCAGGGUGAAGAUGUACCCCGUCGAGGACUUUGAGGCUUCUUUCCAGUUCAUGCAGGAAUGUGCUCAGUAUUUCCUGGAGGUGAAGGAUAAAGACAUCAAACAUGCACUGGCUGGCCUGUUUGUUGAGAUUCUCAUCCCUGUAGCUGCUGCGGUGAAGAAUGAAGUGAAUGUGCCCUGCCUGAAGAACUUUGUGGAGAUGCUCUACCAGACGACCUUUGACCUCAGCUCAAGAAAGAAGCACUCUCUGGCAUUGUACCCAUUGGUGACGUGUCUGCUGUGUGUUAGUCAGAAGCAGUUCUUCCUCAAUAACUGGCACAUCUUCCUUCAGAACUGCCUUUCACACCUUAAGAUGCCAUCAAACAACAGCAUCCGUAAGCAGAUUGAGACCUUACAGAACAAAGACCCCAAAAUGUCUCGCGUAGCACUGGAGUCUCUGUACAGGCUGCUUUGGGUUUACAUUAUCAGAAUUAAGUGUGAAAGCAACACAACCACACAAAGUCGUCUCCUUAGUAUUGUAACAGCACUUUUCCCGAAAGGCUCUCGCAGUGUGGUGCCCAGGGACACGCCUCUCAACAUCUUUGUAAAGAUCAUUCAGUUUAUUGCUCAGGAACGGCUGGACUUCGCCAUGAAAGAGAUCAUCUAUGACCUGCUGUGUGUGGGCAAGUCCCACAAGACCUUCACUAUAAAUCCAGAGAGGAUGAAUAUUGGUCUCCGAGCUUUCCUAGUGAUAGCCGACAGCCUGCAGCAGAAAGACGGAGAGCCACCUAUGCCCACCACCGGAGUCAUCUUACCCUCCGGCAACACUCUGAGGGUCAAAAAGAUCUUUCUCAACACCACCCUCACAGACGAGGAAGCUAAGGUCAUCGGCAUGUCUCUGUAUUACCCUCAGGUCAGGAAGGCCCUGGACAACAUUCUCAGGCACUUGGAUAAAGAAGUGGGGAGAUCUAUGAGCAUGACCAGUGUUCAGAUGUCCAACAAAGAACCAGAGGACAUGAUCACUGGGGAGCGUAAACCGAAGAUCGAUCUGUUUCGGACGUGUGUAGCUGCCAUUCCCAGACUGAUCCCGGACGGCAUGAGCAGACAGGAUCUGAUCGAGCUACUAGCCAAACUGACCAUCCAUAUGGAUGAAGAACUGCGUGGCUUGGCGUUUACCACUCUGCAGGCUCUGAUGGUGGACUUUCCAGACUGGAGAGAGGAUGUGCUGUCUGGCUUUGUGUAUUUUAUUGUGAGGGAGGUGACUGAUGUUCAUCCCACUUUGCUGGACAAUGCUGUCAAGAUGCUUUUGCAGCUCAUCGUACAGUGGAGGCAGACGGUACAGAGCAACCGUGCUCAUGACUCACAGGGUCCAUGUUUGCCUCUCGAGAGAUCUCCUCUCUGGACGGUUCUGCAUGUGGUGGAGGGUUUGGCUUUGGUCGUGCUGUGCAGCUGUCGACCUGCAACACGCAAACUCGCAGUCAAUGUUCUCAAAGAGGUCAGAUCACUGCAUACUGCCCUCGGCAUCGCUAAGGGAGAUGAGGAAUUGGCGAUAGAUGUGAUGGACAGAUUGAGUGCUUCAGUUCUCGAGAGCUUUAUUCACCUUACAGGAGCUGAUCAGACAAAUCUACUAUACUGUCCCACUGGAAUAGACCUUCAGACUCUGGUCGAAUGGAACUCCUCUCCUAUCAGCCACCAAUUUGAUGUGGUUAGCCCCUCCCAUAUUUGGGUGUUUGCCCAUGUGACACAAGGUCAGGACCCCUGGGUCAUCAGCUUGUCCAGUUACCUGCGGCAAGAGCACCUGCCCAAGCACUGUCCCUCUGCACUGAGCUACGCUUGGCUUUUCGCCUCCACACGCCUCCAGCUUCUUUCACCACAAGUCGACAUCAACAGCCCAAUCAAUGCUAAGAAAGUGAACAGCAUGAGCAGUAACAGUGACUCGUAUGUAGGGCUUUGGAGGAACUAUCUAAUCCUCUGCUGCAGUUCUGCCACCUCUUCCUCCUCUUCAUCGUCCUCCUCAUCUUCCUCAUCGGCCCCUGGCUCGGUCCGCUGCUCCCCGCCUGACACCCUGGCAUCCACUCCAGACAGCGGAUAUAGUUAUGACUCAAAGAUCAUUAGCAUUCCAUCCCCCUCCUCCUUGUUCAAGCAUGUGGUUCCUAUGAUGCGUUCUGAGAGCAUGGACAUCACUGAGUCUCUUGUCCUGGGGCUUGGCCGGACCAACCCCAUUGCCUUCAGAGAGCUGUUGGAAGAGUUAAACCCUAUCAUUAAGGAAGCGCUUGAAAGAAGGCCAGAGAACAUGAAGCGACGCCGGCGUCGUGAUGUUCUCAGAGUCCAGCUGGUCCGGAUUUUUGAACUACUGGCCGAUUCUGGAGUCAUCAGUCAGACUGCGAGCGGUGGUCUGGAUGGGGAGUCUCACUCUUUGAACAGCACUCUGCUGGAGUACGUAGAUCUGACCCGGCAGCUUCUGGAGGCAGAGAACGACAAAGACUCCGAAAUGUUAAGAGACAUUCGCUGUCACUUCAGCGCCCUGGUGGCCAACAUCAUUCAGAAUGUUCCAGUGCAUCAGAGAAGGAGCAUCUUCCCUCAGCAGUCUCUGAGACAUAGUCUCUUCAUGCUCUUCAGUCAUUGGGCGGGACCCUUCAGCAUCAUGUUCACACCACUGGACAGAUACAGUGACCGCAACAUGCAGAUCAACAGACACCAGUACUGCGCACUGAAGGCCAUGUCUGCUGUGCUUUGCUGUGGUCCGGUGGCUGAUAAUGUUGGUCUGUCUUCUGAUGGAUACCUUUACAAGUGGUUGGACAACAUUCUAGACUCCCAAGACCGCAAGGUGCAUCAGUUGGGCUGUGAGGCAGUGAUGUUGCUGUUGGAGCUGAACCCGGAUCAGAGCAAUCUGAUGUUCUGGGCGGUCGACCGCUGCUACACAGGGUCCCGGAGAGUCGCCGCAGGCUGCUUUAGGGCCAUCGCUAAUGUAUUUCAUAACAGGGAUUACCAGUUUGACACUGUGGUUUUGCUGAAUCUCAUCCUUUUUAAGGCUGCAGAUUCUUCCAGGGACAUUUAUGAGGUCGCCAUGCAGCUGCUACAGAUACUAGAGCCAAAGCUUUUCCGUUACGCCCAUAAACUGGAGAUCCAGCGUUCUGAUGGGGUGUUGUCUCCAGCCUCACCUCUUCCUCAUCUGUACUCCGUGUCCUACUACCAGCUCAGUGAAGAACUGGCCAGGACGUACCCUGAGCUCACCCUACCCAUCUUCUCAGAGGUCAGUCAGAGAAUUCAGACAGCGCACCCUGGUGGACGGCAGGUGAUGCUGCAUUACCUUCUGCCCUGGAUGAACAACAUAGAGCUGGUGGACUUUAAGCCUUCAGCACGGCGUCAAGAGGAGCCUUCGUCGAUGGAGGAUGAAGAGGAUGCCCAUGAGAGAGAGAUGAUGAUGGUGAACAGCCGUCGAUGGCUAAAAGGAGAGGGCUGGGGGUCACCACAUGCUACCACCAUGAUCCUAAACAACCUUAUGUUCAUGACUGCAAAGUAUGGAGAUGAGUUUGCAUGGUCAGAGAUAGAGAACGUCUGGACCACUUUAGCUGACAGCUGGCCCAAAAAUCUGAAGAUCAUCCUGCAUUUCCUCAUCAGCAUGUCUGGAGUGAACAGUGAACCGAGUCUCUUGCCUUACGUGAAGCGUGUGGUGGUGUAUCUGGGCAGAGAUAAGACCAUGCAGCUACUAGAAGAGUUAAUGUAUGAACUGGAGAUGACGGACCCUGUAUGCUCAGCUGUCACACACAUGGAUAACCCACCCUACUAUCGCAUCACUUCCUCUUACAAAAUCCCCUCCGUUACGUCAGGAACGACGUCCAGUAGCAACACCAUGGUACCUGGACCUGAUGGACACCAAGAUGGCAAACACAAAGAUUCCAACAUGGAGGAGAAUUACACUCAAUUGGAAAUCUACAGCGGUCUGAACAGUAAUCUGAACCGACAGCACCAUCGACUGGAGUCGCGUUACAGCAGCAGCUCAGGAGGAUCGUACGAGGAAGAGAAGAGUGACACUAUGCCUGUUUAUGCUAACUGGCGUUUGAAGGUGAUGGAUCAUAACCGUCCUGAGCCCCUGCCAUUUCCUCCCACUGGUGGUUGCUGGUCACCCUUGGUCGAUUACCUGCCUGAGACCACCACACCUGGUGUCUCCCUGCACAGGUGUAACAUUGCCGUGAUCUUGCUUACCGACCUCAUUGUAGACCAUGGGGUCAAAGUGGAAUGGAGCUCAUACCUCCACCUGCUUCUGCACUCCAUCUUCAUAGGUUUUGACCACCAGCACCCAGAAGUCUAUGAGCACUGCAAGCGUUUGUUACUCCACCUGCUGGUCGUCCAGGGAACGAACAGCAGCGUCCAAUCACUAGCAUCUGUGCUGCUGCGGAACCGUGAACUUAACGAGCCCAGGGUCCUUACGGUCAAACCCGCUCAUCAGGAGUUCAACCUCACAGGUGCAACAGAGCUGAUGCCUGAAUACCAGCCGUCUCCGAUGACAGAUUCCGGCCUGAGCUCCAGCUCCACAUCCUCCAGUAUCAGUCUGGGCGCCUCGGUCCUACCUCAUCUCCCCCCCACUCUCCUAAAUGAGGUGGACCUGUCAGCAGAGCAGGACGAGAAGGUCAAAAACCUCAUCGAGUUUAUCAGCUCAAGGAAACGAGGUCCACUGUGGAACCAUGAAGAUGUCUCUCCUAAAAACCCCAGUAUAAAGAGCGCUGAUCAGCUUAGUGUUUUCCUUCGCCAUGUUGUCAAUGUCUUUAAGCAGACGCCGUCCGGUUAUCAUCUGGAACAGGAGUUGAGUGAAGUUGCUCUGCAGACCGCCUUGUCCUGUUCGUCACGACACUACGCCGGUCGCUCUUUCCAGAUCUUCCGAGCACUGAAACAACCUCUCACAGCCUCCACGCUGUCAGAUGUGCUGUCUCGUCUGGUAGAGACUGUGGGCGAUCCAGGGGAAGAGGCUCAGGGUUUUGUUAUAGAGUUGCUGUUGACUUUAGAGGCAGGUAUAGAUACACUGGCUGAAACCAUGAAGAACUACGACCUACUUACCGCACUUUCACAUAACUCCCAUGAUCCUCUGCACGGCACCAAGUUCGCCAAUAACAGAAAGAGCACAGGUCAGCUGAAUCUGAGCAGUGGAAGUUACUUGCACGCCCACUACAGCCACACUCGCAGCAACUCUCUCCGUGCCAGUCUAAUGGGUGAACGCCUCGGAGACCGUCGUCGUAGCAACACCCUCGACGUGGCCGAUCGAUUGGGCGGCAGCCACGGCAACCUAGCCCGCACAAGGAGCUUAUCAUCGUUACGAGAGGGUGAGGUGCGGGGCGAUGGAGGAGGUGGUGGAGCUGGGGUCGGGUCUGGGGAGAUGGUGCCACCAACUGACCCCACCAACCUGCUGGCGACGGUGUUCUGGAUUGCGACGUCGCUUCUGGAGUCGGAUUACGAGUUUGAGUACCUACUGGCCCUCAGGCUGCUGAACCGGCUCCUGGCCCAGAUGCCCCUGGAGAAAGUAGACAGCAGGGAGAAGCUGGAAAGAGUCCAGGCCAAGCUGAAGUGGUACAACUUUCCCGGCCUGCUCACGCUUUUCCUAAAGGGCUUCACUUCAGCGGCAACACAGGAGCUCACCAUUCACCUUCUCAGUAAACUCAUUACUGUGUCCCGACACACGCUCAUAGACCCCUCACAGCUAGCAGGUUUUCCUCUGAAUAUCCUGUGCCUGCUGCCACAUCUGGUCCACCACUUUGACAACCCCACAGUGUUCUGUAAGGAGACCGCCGACCGCAUCGCCAAAGUGUGCGCCGAGGAAAAGUCAGCGACGCUGGCCAACCUGGCGCACAUGAUGAGCCUGUACUCCACGCACAGCUACUCGCGAGACAGCAACAACUGGAUCAACGUUGUGUGUCGAUACUUGCACGACUCUUUCCCUGAAAUUACUUUUAACCUGGUCACAUAUCUCGCCGAGUUACUUGACAAGGGUCUUAACAGCAUGCAGCAGUAUUUACUGCAAAUCAUCUACAGUCUACUGAGUCACAUUGACCUGUCUGCAGCGCCGGUCAAACAGUUCAACCUUGAAAUCAUGAAGAUCAUUGGCAAAUAUGUACAGAGUCUGUACUGGAAAGAGGCCCAGAACAUUCUUAAAUUGGUAGUGUCUCGUUCAGCCAGUCUGGUGGUUCCCGAUGAAGUGCAGCGCUCUUACAGCACGGAGUCGACCGGAUCGCCGGAGAUUGCUUUCACUCGCAUUUUUAACAAUUCAUCCAAGGAACUGCCAGGAAAAACGCUGGACUUCCACUUUGACAUCUCAGAGACACCUAUCAUAGGUCACAAGUAUGGAGACCAGCGGACUGCAGCAGGGCGUAACGGAAAAGCACAGGUUAUUGCUGUGACAAGAAGCACCUCUUCUACUUCCUCAGGGUCCAACUCCAACGGUCUGGUGCCAGUCAGCUGGAAAAGACCUCAGCUCUCACAGAGGAGAACCCGUGAGAAACUAAUGAAUGUCCUGUCUCUGUGCGGCCCUGAAUCCGGCUUACCUAAAAAUCCCUCUGUGGUUUUCUCUUCAAAUGAGGAUUUGGAUGCAGGCGACCAGCAGACCAGUCUGAUCCCCACUGUAGAGGAAGUGACCCGAGAGGAGGAAGCACAAGCGGAAGAUGCAGGAAGUGAACAGCAGUUUGGUGUCUUCAAGGACUUUGACUUCCUGGAUGUGGAGUUGGAGGAUGUAGAGGGGGAGAGCAUGGACAACUUCAACUGGGGUGUGCGGCGUCGUUCUCUGGACAGCAUCGAUAAAGGUGACACCCCAUCGCUGCAGGACUGCCAGUACACUGGCAGCACGCCCAGUCUCAUCCAGCCAGAGGACACGGACGAAUCGUCAGAGGAGGAGGUACUGAGCGCUAGCCAGAUUCUCACCCGCUCCAAUCUCCUUAACAGUGAUUCUGCUACCGAUGAUGCCAUAUCCAAUCACAUGGACUCCCUACAGCAGUCCCAAGAGUCUUCCAGUAGUGUCCUGACAGAAGAGGCCACACCCACCCUACAACUGCCCCGCCCAGACAGCCCCACUCCUGAGACCGCCCACUCUGACAGCAAUAGCAGCCAGCUGCCUGAGGAUGCCAGCGUAACUGCCGCAGAUGAAUUAAGCAGCAGCGUUAGUGAGGAUACAGGGUUUGGGAGUGCCCCUCCUCUUCCUUCAGACCCUCCUGAAAUGUGUGACUUGCCUGACUCCCAGGACCCCACAGACGACCUGGAUCCUGCCCCCCCUCCUCCGCCAGCUGUGGACAGCCCGCCUGGAUCCCUCUUUGAUGAAGAGCCAGCGCUGCAGACCACUGUCAUAGACUCUGCACUGGGGUCAAUGUGCGAAGAGGAGACGGUUCUUGCUCUGGACUCUGCCCCUGAUUCAAUAUGUGAGGAGGAUGUGACACUGGCUUUGAAGGAGCUUGAUGAGAGAUGUGAGGAAGAGGAGGCUGAUUUUUCCGACAUGUCCAGUCAAGAUGAGGCCGACGCGGAUGGUUUUCCACAGCUCCAGGCCUCUCCACCCCCUUCGCCCUUUCUCUCAGCUAUUCUAGCAGCUUUUCAGCCCGUAGCCUAUGACGACGAGGAGGAUGCUUGGCGUUGCCAUGUCAACCAGAUGUUGUCGGAUUCUGAUGGGUCUAGUGCUGUGUACACGUUCCACGUGUUUUCGCGUCUCUUUCAGCACAUCCAGAAGAAAUUUGACUCAAUUACCCAUGCCUCGGUGCGCUUCCUCGGGGAGGGGCUCCAGCGAAUGGGAAACCAGUUCCUGAGCUCUCUAGAAGUCAUGACCUCUUGUUCCCAGUGCCCUACAGUUCUACUGGAUGCAGAAACUUUGGUCUCGUGUGGGCUUUUGGAAACACUGAAGUUCAGCGUGUUGGAGUUACAGGAACACCUGGACACCUACAACAGCAAGAGAGAAGCAGCUGAACAGUGGUUGAAUAACUGCAGAAAAACCUUUGGUGAUAAAGAUAGCGACCAGCAACCCAACACUCAAGCUCAGCACAUGGAAAUGUUAGCAGAACUGGAGUUGUGCAGAAGAUUGUAUAAGCUUCAUUUCCAGCUACUGCUACUCUUUCAGGCCUACUGUAAACUCAUCAGCAGGGUGGACACUAUCAAGAGAGAGGCUGAGGUGACUAACAUGUCAGAGGAGCUGGCUAUAUUGGAAAAUUGUCUGAAGGAGGCGGAGUCAGUCAGCGAUGGACCGGCAGGAGUGGGCGAGUUUGAAGUGGACCAAAUGAACACAGAGACAGCCAUUCACUCACUCAUUGAGAGUCUCAGAGCUCGGGACUUUAGCACAGCCGUCGCCCAAGUUAAAGCAUUUAGGUGCCUGUGGCCUAAUGACAUAUUCGGCAGUGAGAAGGAUGAUGCCGUGCAGACCUUGCUCCAUAUUUACUUCAGGCACCAGACCCUGGGUCAGACGGGCUGUUUAGCUGUGGUGGGCCCCAGCAGGGAUCUUUCUCAGGCCAGCGCACGCCUCAUGGAGCUCAACCUUCAGAUCCGCGAAGCCCUCUGCCAGGCUCAGACGCACCCACACAUGCACCAGACACGCAUUCUCUCCCCGACUUCCACGUCACACAUCCAGACACAAAUCGACACACAGAACACGGUCCUCAGCACUGAACUGUGACAGAUUCGACAGGUCCUAACUGGGUCAGAGCCGAAGAGCAAGACACCAGCUCUCUUCCUCUGCCCAGAAAGAGGCCGGCGCUGAGGUUGCGGAAGGGGUUUGGGGAUUAACGUAGACUUCACCUCAAAAGGGCUACUCAAAAGUAUGUGUGGAUAUUAGUUAUGAUUUCGCACGUCCUUCAUUUUUCAACCCCUCGAAUCUCCGAAAUUAUAAAAAUUCUCAGCUGCAGUCAUGUGAAAGAACGCAAAGGAUGGGAUUGGUCGAGAACCAUUCGUAGGAGGGACACCGGGCAAUAAUGAUGCUAAAUUGGAAGCUGUUUGGCGGAAUAACCUAUGACCUCUGGGCGGUGUCCAUAGAACGAUCGACAUCCAUCUGCCCCACUAUGCACUGGGGCAGAGAUGGAGUUUGUUGAGCUUGAAAGUCGUUCAACAGUAGGCAGAAUGAGAAUCGAGGUGGAUCUACGUGACUUUGUCUCCCUGUGCUCAUUGUCCGUCACAAAAAGACGAUGUUUUCAAAAGCAUGCUUGAAAGAGAAAAGCCUGCAGCAAAUAUUUUUUUGAGAAAUGUAUUUUUUAACAGUCUUAGGUUGUAAAUGUUAGGAUAUUUAACAUGUAAUUGUAAGCUGGGGGCUCUGUACUUUCUGUAUAAAGAGAGGUUUAUCUGUUUAACUUUAUUGACCUGCAUCGGGGAGAACUUUCAGCUUUCUGCAGGCUUUCACCGGGUCGCUCUUACAAAACCCUUAAUCUAUAACCAAAUAAGUAGCUGUCUGUAGAAAACCAUAGACUUUUGUGCAAGUGUGCGAGGAGAAGCGCAGGUGUAUGUGUGCGUGUGUGUAUGUGUGCGUGUUGACAUGGACUGAUAUUUGCACACCCGUUCUCUCGUACAUGCACGUUAACCAAUUGAGAUGCACAGGUGAAGUGCAAAAUGGCUGCAACUCAUGGAAAAUCAAUAACUUAUUUUACUCUGUAUAUAUUUUAGAAAAUGUAUAGUGUAAAAGCAGUAUUUUUCCCUUGUACAUUUGUGUAAUGCACUGUUCAAUCAGAGAGAGCUCAGUAGAGGGCAAAAACUAAUGCAAAAAAAUUGAAAGUUGAAUAGCUGUUCGGAUGGAAGUCUCAGACUAUAUAAUAAUAAUAUAUAUAUACACCAACUUAAUAUUCAAUAAAUUAGCAUGGCUGAGGUCAGAGGUCAGUCAUCUUUUCUUUCCUCACUGAUGGUUUCCUUUUACGCUCGGCCGAGCUUUUCCAUAUGCAUUCCUCAAAACCCACUGUGAUCUCCGUGUUGGCUCAAAGUCCCCCCACAGAGGCCACACUAAAGCCCCAGCUGUGGGAAAACUGGGGUCUGUGUUUGUCCAUGUUGGCUCGGUCUUAACCCUAGACUCAGGGCUGCACUGAGGGUUUGUGGGCUUUGCGAUUCUUGCUGAACUUCGAGACAAAGUGACUUCCGAAGAAUUGUUGGGAGCAGCGUUAAACGCAAACGUGGGGGGUUUCAUUUAACCUGUCGUGGCACAUUGAAAAAUGAAACGUUCACUGUAUUCAUUCCUCUGAGAGCUGUUCUGUUGCUUGUUUGGUACAUUUUGAAUGCUGUUCUUAAUUAUUUAAUGGAUAUAUUAUUUACCUGGAAAAAUAUACUAUUUUUAUCUAGAAGUGCAUACUUUUUUCCCAUCACACAUUUCUUUCUGGUUUGUCUGUCUUCUGAUUUACCUGCUUUUCCCUGUAUGUUAAAUAAAACCUGAUUAUAAGCAACAUA